AGUCCCUCGCCGGCGGGUCUGGGAAGCGGAGGAGGGUGGCUGGCAGUGGCUGGAGGCUUCGCUAUGGGAAGUUGUUUCUUUGCUCUCUUGCGCCCAACCCUCCUCCCUGGUUCUCUGCAGCCGCUCUCGGAGGAGAGCACGGGGAGGCGCUGGUUGCAGCCGUGGCUGUCUCUCCCCGCCCCGGCGGCCGCGCCGCUGGGCAGGUGCUGAACACCCCAAGAGCCUCCGUCGCCGCCUCCCUCCUCUGUCCAGCUGCCCGGCUGCCCGGCUGCCGCAGUGCAUAUGGGGUGUUGGAGGUAGAUGGGCUCCCGGCCGGGGAGGCGGCGGUGGACGCGCCUCUGGGCAGAAGCAGUCGCCGAUUCCAGUUGCUGGAGAGCCACGCGCUCCCGGCGACCCUGCGAGCCCCGGGCUCAGCCAUGGGGACCUCUGCAAACGGCAGCACCGCUCUUGCCUCCUGCAGCCGCGUCGCCGGAGCCACGAUGAUCGCGGGCUUCCUCCUGCUGCUUGGAUUCCUUAGUACCACCUCUGCUCAGCCAGAACAGAAGGCUCCAAAUCUCAUUGGCAAAUAUCACCAUGUUGACCGUGCAACCGGCCAGGUGCUAACCUGUGACAAGUGUCCGGCAGGAACCUAUGUAUCUGAGCACUGUACCAACACAAGCCUGCGUGUCUGCAGCAGGUGUCCUGGGGGGACCUUCACCAGGCAUGAGAAUGGCAUAGAGAAAUGCCAUGACUGUAGCCAGCCAUGCCCAAGGCUGAUGGUGGAGAAAUUACCUUGUACUGCCUUGACUGACCGAGAAUGCACUUGCCCACCUGGCACGUUCCAGACUAAUGGUACCUGCGUUCCCCAUAAGCAGUGUCAAGUAGGUUGGGGUGUACGGAAGAAGGGGACAGAGACCGAGGAUGUGCGGUGCAAGCAGUGUGCUCGGGGGACCUUCUCUGAUGUGCCUUCCAGUGUGUUGAAAUGCAAAGCCUACACGGACUGUCUGAGUCAGAACCUGGUGGUGGUCAGGCCAGGCACCAAGGAGGCGGACAACGUCUGCGGCCAACCCCCGUCCUUCUCCAACACAACCACCUCUUCACGCCCCGAGCACAUGGAAUCUCACCAAGUCCUGUCCUCCACGUAUGUUCCCAAAGGCAUGAACUCAACAGAAUCCAACUCUUCUGCCUCUGUUAGACCAAAGGUACUGAGUGGCACCCACAAAGGGACAGUCCCCGACAACACAAGCUCAGCAAGGUGGGAGGACGGUGUGAACAAGACCCUCCCAAACCUCCAGGUGAUCAACCACCAGCAAGGCCCCCACCACAGACACAUCCUGAAGCUGCUGCCCUCCAUGGAGGCCACGGGGGGCGAGAGGUCCAGCACGCCCAUCAAAGGCAUCAAGAGGGGCCAUCCCAGACAGAACUCGCACAAGCAUUUUGACAUCAAUGAGCAUCUGCCCUGGAUGAUUGUGCUUUUCCUGCUGCUGGUGCUUGUGGUGAUAGUGGUGUGCAGUAUCCGGAAAAGCUCAAGGACUCUCAAAAAGGGGCCCCGGCAGGACCCCAGCGCCAUCGUGGAAAAGGCGGGGCUGAAGAAAGCGGUUACCCCAACCCAGACCCGGGAGAAGUGGAUCUACUACUGCAAUGGCCACGGCAUUGACAUCCUGAAGCUUGUGGCAGCGCAGGUGGGAAGCCAGUGGAAGGAUAUCUAUCAGUUCCUGUGCAAUGCCAGCGAGAGGGAGGUGGCCGCUUUCUCCAACGGGUACACGGCGGACCACGAGCGCGCCUACGCGGCCCUGCAGCACUGGACCAUCCGCGGCUCGGAGGCCAGCCUCGCGCAGCUCAUCAGCGCCCUGCGCCAGCACCGGCGCAACGAUGUCGUCGAGAAGAUUCGUGGGCUCAUGGAAGAUACGACCCAGCUGGAGGCCGACAAGCUGGCUCUCCCCAUGAGCCCCAGCCCGCUCAGCCCGAGCCCUAUCCCCAGCCCCAACACGAAGCUCGAGAACUCCAGCCUCCUGACCGUGGAGCCCUCCCCGCUGGAGAAGAGCAAGGGCUUCUUCGUGGACGAGUCCGAGCCCCUGCUCCGCUGUGACUCCACGUCCAGUGGCUCCUCUGCGCUGAGCAGGAUGGGCUCCUUCAUUACCAAAGAAAAGAAGGACACGGUGUUGCGGCAGGUGCGCCUGGACCCUUGUGACUUGCAGCCUAUUUUUGAUGACAUGCUCCACAUUCUGAAUCCUGAGGAGCUGCGGGUGAUUGAAGAGAUUCCUCAGGCAGAGGACAAGCUGGACCGGCUCUUUGAGAUCAUUGGAGUCAAGAGCCAGGAAGCCAGCCAGACUCUCCUAGACUCUGUCUAUAGCCAUCUUCCCGACCUGUUGUAGGACACAAGGGAUACUGCACUCUGGAAACGACUCAUCUUAGUGUCAGGGUGGUUUGUUUCUGGUUUUUUUUGUGUUUUUUUUUUUUUUUGGUUUUUGUUUUUUGUUUUUGGGUGUGUGUGUGUGUGUGUGUGUAACAGAGUAUAUGGCCAGUGUCUUGAGCUUGCUUUCUCUCUUUUUUUUUUUUUUUUUUAACCCAUCUGGGAAGUUAGUUUAUAAACCUUUUCAAGAUGUAACUGUUGCAAAAUACCCACCACUAAAGUUUUUUAGGUUCCACAUUUUCUGUUUUGCCUUCCUAUGUAUUUUUCCAAGUUGUUGUGUGCACUUUAAAUUCACUUUGCGUGGCACCGUGCGGGGCGACCGCGCCAGCGCCCUGGGCUCUGCACCUCUUCCUUAGAGGUGUAUGGUCUGGUGAGGUCUGUAAGCAGUUCUGUCUCAACACCCACACUGAUGUCUUUUAUUCUUGCUAUUUUUUUUUUAUUAUUAUUUGUCAUUUAUGAAUUUGCUUAAGGGUUAAGGAAAUGGGAGGCUCCAUUGAGUUACUGUAAUUCAAUUAGAUUUUGUGUUGUUGUCUUUUGAAUAUGCCUUGUUGUGUAGUUCGCAUUCAUGGCCGAAACUUGACCACACUGUUGCUGAUUGUAUAAUUUUCACCUGGACACCAUGUAGAAUGCUCCAUUACUUGGGUUCCUCUUACACUAAUAUGCUCUGGGCUGGAGACAUGAAAUCCUCGAGCCACCAGGACUUGCUAUUUAAGUGGCUCAACAACUGGGCCACCCAAGAACUUGAACUUUGUGUUUUAGGGAUUGAGCUGUUCCGGAACAUAUUGCUGCACCUCAGAAAGUCACAACUGAGUGCCAGUGGUACCUUUUCCAUAGGGAAUUUGCACCGCUUUGCUUUAAAGAUGUCUUUUUUAUCCACACAUAGUUGAUAGGUCCAGCCCUUGAUCAAGGCUUUGGUCUUGCUGGGUUUCCUACAUCUGUCAAUCACUUCAAUUACAAAUGGCUGCAGCUGUAAGAACUCUUGUCCGAUAUAUUUACAACUACGCUCCCAUUUAUAGACAUACUCUCUCCUGCUCAAUCGCCAGACUCGGAUGCAAAGGUGGUGUGGACUCCCUUUGCGUGGGCGGGGUUUGUGGAUAGUGGUGAGGGACCGAUAUCGGAAAAAUGCCUUCAAGUGUACUAAUUUAUUAAUAAAUAU